AUGCCGGAGCAGCAACACCCGCGAAAGCUGAAGGAACCCAAAGCCAGGUGUGACCAGGGCCGGCUCAUUUCAGGCCGAGGUACCAAAAGGGCGGCAGCUGAGCCUCCGCCCAAACCCAAGAUGCCUCUCGUGUCUCUUGGUGGCUGUCUCAAGUACUGCGGAAUUGCUCAAGUUGCACGUGUCACUAGCGGCAGCAAGGCCAGUAAUCGGGUUCCGAGUGUCCGUGGCCGCAAUGGCGACACUCUUCCCCAGAGCAUGAGUGUCAGAGGCCGCACGCCAACGACGCCCGUCUCUAUUCUAAUCUCCGGAACUGCUUUCGUUGACCUCUCUGCUGCCUACGACACCGUGAACAACAGAAUCCUCACCAGGAAGAUAUUUGAGCUGACAAAGGAUGUGAGACUGACUGGACUCAUCCAGACGUUGCUGUCCAAUGUUGUCCUCGUUGGUAAUCGCAGCAGAUCACGCAGACAGAAAAAUGGCCUACCACAAGGAAGUGUGCUUGCACCACUGCUCUUUAACGUGUACCCAAAUGACCAACCGAUCCAACCAAGCACCAGGAGCUUCAUCUACGCUGAUGAUCUGUGCAUCGCCACCCAGAACCAGUCUUUUGUGAAGUUGGAGGAGUCCCUCAGUGAUGCCCUGGCCGGACUCGUCCCAUAUCACGCGACCAACCACCUGAGAGCUAACCCUGACAGAAUUCAGAUAAGUGCAUUCCACCUCAGGAACAGGUAUGCCAACCAUCAACUAAGGAUCACCUGGUAUGGGAAAGGCUGA